AGAAGAACAGCAGAGACGCAGAGAGAGAAAGACAGACUGACACACAGAGAGGAAUCAAAACCGGAAAUACUUCAGAUAAGACAAAAAUUAAAUUUGAGGGACAGAGGAUGAUAUAAAGGCUCAUAUUAGGACAGAAACCAAGGGGGUGGUGAGAGAAAGUGAAUAGCAUUAGAGGGGGAGGAGAAAGAGGAUGGCGUGUGUGUUGGCUGAUGCUUCAUCCUUCUGCUUUUUGAUGCGACACACUCUCAAGUUUGAAGACAGAGGUGAGAAACGAUUAUCAAACUAACAGCUUCUUUUUAAAAAAAACCUGGACAUCUCUGUGAGAGUCUGUGCUAGCUGGAUGUUUUCAUUAUGGAGUCAUGCCUCAUGGGGGACCAUGCAUGUUUCUCCAAUGUGAGGAAUGUCUGUUAUGUCUGUGAAUGUGUUUCUGUGGGCCGGUGUCAGAGUGGGUGUUAGAGCCCUUAAACUGUAACCCAGUGUAAACUGUAACUGUAGGGGAUCAUGGCACUGCUUUUGCCUUGGAACGGCACAUCAGGAAGGACCCCGGUGCUGUCGACCAACUUUUUGGGUGCUGAUACAUGACACCAAACAUGGUGUGUGAGUGGAAAAAGUGUGGUAUGCCAGCAGCCCACAGAGAGAUGAAUCACACCAGAUGAAAUAAUGGGUUUCCAUUGGCAACAUCACAGGAUUAAAACUGAUGAAUGUUGAAGUUGAAGUGCAGUUUGUCAGAGACUAAAAAAAUUGUUGCUUUUCAUACUCCCAAAUCUGACCAAGUCCACCCUAACAGCUCUGUAAGAUCAUGUUUCUGUCACAGCGGGAUGAUGUGUAGCUGAUGGAUAUUAUAUAAGAUAAACAUGUAGCCUCAGAUGCACAUAAUUACACCAUAAUCCACAAGGAGGAAAUAAAACUGCGGUAACUGGGCAGCAUAACACAAUAAAAGUUUAUUGAUGGAAACUUUGGAUCUAGGCGAAUGGGUCAAAGGCCAGUGAAGCUUAAAACAUGUCUGAGGACUGAGGGUCUAUGUGGAGACCUCUUUUAUUGCUCUGAGGAGGGAAGAAACCACUCUUAUUUAUUUGUUUGAGGCUUGUUCAUUUAUUCCCUAUGAAACAUGCAGCUAUGGACAUUUCACCCUUCUGUCCGCAAGCUGAGAUGUCCUCGGGCAAAACACUUGACCCCACCUGCCCCCAUUGGCUGUGCCCAGUGUGGUGUGAUUAGUGAAAAAGCUGAUGGUGCUCUAUACAUAGGAGCAUCCACCGUGAGUGGGUGAAUGUGGUGUGAAUGUGUGAAUUUGACUUGUACUACAAAGAAUGUUUUGAGUGAUGUAAACAAAGCCCACUAACCAUUUACAAUAGUUGUCUAUUCAUGCUUAAAUAUCGUAAUUGCCAAGAGCAAUAAUGGUUAUUUGCUUGUCUAAUGUGGAUAGAUCAAAGAUGGAUUAAAGAUAGAAUAAUUGAAAAUGAUCUGUUCUAACAUUUAUCCUGUCCCAGUAAAUCCUGCUGUUUGAAUUCCAGUUUUCAAGUCUUUUUUAAUCUUCCAACUGGGAUCUUGAUUUGGUCCCUCAGGCCUGACAUUCUUAAAAACCACUCUGGGCCUGAUUCCAUCUCCCAUUUCUGUUUAACAGUUGAGCAAUUCUUGGUCUUUUGUCAUCCAUAACUUUACUUUGUGAUAACCUUUUUAACUCCGGGGAUGAAUGCAUGAGAAAGUAUAGCGAUCAGGUGCCGUUUACUACCCUGUUUGGUUAAUGUCACAACAGAUGUAGCCUCCGACCUGGCUGUGUAUGUAUAUGUAAGACAUAGGCAAAACACUCCAAUCUAUUAUAGCAUUACAGGGCAUUACCUGCCCUUGGGGAGCCACCCUGAUUCAGAUUGUUCCAGAGUUUGAAUUUAUCAAGUAUGAAUGAGGAUUUGGAUUGUGUUUGUUCCAAAUCUUUCUAUUUGGCUAAGAGGACUGGACUAUACUGGUAUACCAAUGGCCAGGCUGGCAGAGAAAUACUCCUUCAUGUUUGUCAUGAAAAGUUUAUCAAUGACAUGAUAGCAGAUCCACGAGCCACAGUCAUGUUGUAUUUAGUCUGUAAAAUAACCUCACAGGCUUAUUUAUGAUCAUGUAUAAUAAAACCUGGACACCAUUGCGGGAAACACUUAUUUAUUCCACAAAUGCAUUAAAAGCAUGAAAAACAUUCAAGUAUUAAGUGAUGAGACCACCUCAUGGAGUCUUUUUGUAUUCUCAACAGGGCUGUGAAGCCAAAAACAGUGGUGGUGGUAAAGGAGGGGUGCAGGAGUAGACAUCUGAAGAUCCUGGAUACUGAUGGGAUGAAUUUAAGGUGACUGGGGUGGAGAGUGAUCACAAUGGUUCACAAUGAAAUCACAAAAUGAGGACAAAUUAAAGAGCUACAUCUCAUAUCAAGGAAAUCCACAAUGACAUCCCAUGAUCCCUCAGGCUUACCCUGUAACACUUUGGUGGGGCCUGUCCUACAGUUUGGAAACCAGGGCUGGCACAACCUUGAUACCAAUUUCUGAUUGAUUAAAAUAGUCUGCAGACAGAAAAUGUUUCAGCUAAAUUAAAGAUUUAAAUGUUCUGAAUUUUUGUACACUAAAACUAUCUAGGGAAAAAGUGACUUAAAUGUGGAUAAAACUAAACGGCAUUAUACUCCAAUGACUAAGACUACAUCUGAAAUAGCAGCCAAAAUGAACACUGUUGCAGUGGUAGCCUUACUCUGCAGUAAAGGUUCACUAUUUGUUGGAAUCAAGUCUUUCUCUUCCUCUUCUUCUUUAUCUUCCCUCUUUUACUGAGUCAGUUAACUACAAGAUUAAAAAACACCCUCACCCCCACCAAGAGUGAGUUAAACGGUAUGACUGUCUGCUUAUUUUCAGCACAUAUAAUCGUGUCUGUCUGUCAGUUAAAAAAUGCAUCACAGUGUCACUCUAUAUUGAGUCUAGUCAGAGUCAUUUCCCCAAAACGCUUAAAACUGUGAAACACUAUUUUUGUAAAAACACUUCAACUAUGGUGAUUCUGUUUUUCAACAGAUGUUAAUCAUCCAGGUUAUUUAUGUCAGUUUUUCCUUGCUGCUCGUUACACUUCCCAAAACAAGGAGGUUCCAAAAACUUAAGAGUCUAAAUGUAUCUCUCCAUUCUUGACAACAUUGACAAAGAAUUUAAUGGAAACUUAAAGACCUAUUUUUACAAAAUAGUGUUUCUUUAAGAUUUUAGAAGAGUCUGAAAUGACAGCAGCUCAUACACACUUAUUUUUAGUUUUAAACAGUGUCUAAUAAAAGUAACUAUUUGCAUGUUUCAUCUUGAAAUGCACCAGUGAUAAUGAUGUACAUGUACACAGCAAAUUCACUCUUCUCUGUACAAAUUUAAGACAAGCUUUGUCUGUAAAAGCAGUAAAAGAAUCGACAAAAGUAAACAUUAAAGCUAUCUAAUCUAAAGAAGAUUUAGUGUAGGGACUAACAUGGUGCAAUCAAACGCAAUAGGAAAGAGCAGAGCCAGGGCACACCUACUGAUGUUCACAGCAGUGGGUGCAUCACACCUACAAGCUGGAAACUCAUUUGCAGACAUCGGCUCAUGCUUCCAUCUGAGGUGAAAAUGACUUCUUCACAUAAAGCAGAUCUUAAGCCUUCUGAAACUUUGGUUGUUCUUCGCAUCUAAGCAUGACUGGUGAGAUUUGUCGGACCUGUGAACCACACACAUGGUCUUGUAUACCAGAUGAACAAUGCUGGUUUCACUACUGCGUUGCUAUCUAGCGCUUCACACUGGCUUACUGAUAUCUGCAGCUGAAGACGUGAACACACUGUGGGAGACUGAAGCAUCAGCGACUCUGUGGGUUUGCAUAUUUACAGUAAAUGGUUCCACAACAGCUGCAGUUGCACCAAUAAUGUUAUAUGCUAUGCACUGUUUUAACACAUAACAAACUAAAGCAGUGGUUGACACCUAUGAGUGUGUCUGCACGUGCCUGUGUGUGUGGGUUAGUGUCAGGGUGCCACACAACAUGAUCUGUGUGUUAUCAAGGAAGCAUUUUUCUAUGUUACAGCAAUCUAACAUGCAAACAUGUUAUGAUCAGAGGCUUUUUUAUAACCACACAACUUCCUAUAUUUUAUUCAUACCUACUUCCAUCUAUCCCAGCAUGCACUGAGCAUGGGGCAGGCCAGGUGGUUUUGAACUAACUCAUUAUUCUCUCCUCUACCAGGAAGCAGUAAUACUGGAUCUGACAGGAGUUUGACCUGGUUACCUGCGCUGGAUCAGCUUUAACUUCACCUGGAAGCAUGAAUUCCUCUCCGCCAACACAAACAGCAUGGACACUCACACAAAAACAUCCAUCACUGGACCACAAGCAGCUUUCCUGAUACAAGCUUUCCAACAGAUCACAAGGCUGCUUGUCUAAGCAACCAACAGAGACCGGACCCUUGCUGAAAAUGAAUGAAGGCAACCACAGCUGUGACUGCACAGAGGAUUUUCGCACAUACCAGCACCAAGUGUAUGCUGUGGUGUACAGUGUGAUCUUAGCACCAGGCCUUCUGGGUAAUGUGCUGGCCAUCUGGGUGUUCAGAGUCUAUGUCAGAGAGACCAAAAAGGCUGUGGUGUUCAUGAUGAACCUGGCGGUGGCUGACCUGCUGCAGGUAAAAAUACUGCUUUGUCUUUGAAAAUACUUCAUACCUGAAGGGUAUCUCAUUUCCAGUAUUUGAGCUGAAUAUGUGUCACACCUUUUACGUAUUAGUGAGCAAAUGUAAAAGUUUGAAAUGUGAUUUUGUGUUUAUUGUAAAAGUGAUUUCUUGCCCCCCAGAGGCAUCCACAGUGGGUGUGUGAGCAGGUAAAGAUUGAUCAGUAGCUCAGUAUUAAAGAUGGCUGUGACCUGAAGAUAGAUUUAAAAUAGUGAAAACAUAUUCCUUCACAAUGUGCAACAAAACAUCAGGUGAAAAAAGUGACAUCCACAACUCAAAGACAUGUUGCAGUAUCAGGGGUAACAGAGGGAAAUAAUUCUCUUAAACCAAAACAGCAGAGGGCAGGAAAGGCUUUGAGUUUUUAACAAGCAAAAAGUCUGUGUUUGUUAAGUACACAACAAUCAGCUUUGGCUGAUUAUCUGGACCAAUAUUUUGCAUUAGGCUGAUUAUCUGUUUCUGCGCUUUAUUUCACUAUUUGACAAUUGAAUAAAUAAAUCAAAAAGUGGGCUAGUCUGGCUCUGCUGCAUGUGGGUCUUCACUCUGCCCCACCUAAUUUUUCGCCCCAAAAACCCUUAUGAUUGUCUGGAUGUCAUACAUCUGUGUGAUGUAACUGUACUCUAAGUGUAACUGGUUGCCUGUUAACUCGUGUGGAGUUAAUGCUGGAAGUACCUGUUUUAAUCUAACAUUUGCUAAAUGCAUUUAAACAUAGUUUCAUGUUGUAGUUUGUGAUAUUUAAAAUUUGAAAUUAUGACCGAAAGUCUUUAAUUUUUACAGUCAGUGGAUUUUGGUUUGAAGUGUUGGUUAUUUGUCUAAAUGGUCAUCUUUAUUGGCCCUGAAAAGCCAGUAUCAGUUAUGAAUGUCUUUGGUGUGUUACUCAAAAUCUCCACUAUCUCGGCAGUUUCAUUGUUGGUUCAGAGUGGGUUGUGGUUUGGACUGUGAGUGUCUUUGGUUUCUGCUUUGAUCAGCUGAAGGUAAUAGUCUGUGUACUGUCGUGUGGAGUGGGAGAUGGAUCUCAGGAGCCCAGAUAACUUGAAUGUCAUUAAAGAGUGCGAGUAUGGUUGAGUAAUCAGAAAAUUUAAGCAUGUUGUGACUGGUGAGGGACUGGUUACAGUCAUUGGUGCAAAGGGUAUACAAGACGGGACCAAGGACUCAACCUUGUGGUGCUCCAGUGUGGGUAGUGGUAAUUCAGGGUGUUAAAAUUUCCCUCUUAGGCUGUUUGUGUUUGUCAGUGAAGAACCUGUUCGCAGAGAAUAAGGACUUUGGGGACGCUGAACUGUUUUUGAUCACUUGGUGGUGCGGAAAACUUAACAUGUCACAGAGGUGAAGCAAAAGGACUGAUAAAUAAUGUUGCUGCUGCACUUAUCAGUUUUGGUUGUUCAGUCCUUUCUUCUUUGUGAGCAGCGUCUCAAACCGAAACUCAUACUUGACACUCAAAGGCCAAAAAAAAGGGGUGGGCAAUCUCUCGCUUUUCAGAUGCUGUGCAAGUUGCGGAAGGGAGUGGGUGGGAAAGCACCAAAGUGUCUGAGUAGUUGUGUAAGUUUGGCUACAUUUAAAUGAGUACAUUUGGGACCUCACCAAAAUAAGGUUUCAACUGGUGAACAUUACUGACGCCACAAAAACCCAUGAAUCUAGCGGCACUACACUAUUGUUGCACUUAAGGGACUUUUUUUUAAAACAUAUAACCAGGGCAGCAAUUUGUUGUUUUUAGUCUUAAUGCAUUAUGUUGAGUUGGGGCUUUAACAGCUCCUUCAAUAAACUGAGUUUUCCUUCAGCCUUUGUUUAGAUUCAUACAAAACCAACCGGCAUAAGCCUUAAAGGAACAGCCUUACAUGCCUAACUACAUUUACCAGCAAUAAAACACUAAACUAACAAAUUAAACUAAACUUAAUUUUUAAAUUGAGUCCUUUACUUUAAUUAUUAACACCAUCAUGCACUAUGAGGAAGUGCAGCCUGCUAAACUGAGAAAAGGAUAAAGAUUCCUGUCACACCCUGACUGGUAGUUAAUCCUCAACCCUCCGGUCAAGGGGUCAUUUUUUUACCGUCUUAAUGUGACGGUGUUGCAGUGCUGUAAUGUUCCUGUAUAUCAUUUUUGUUAAAUAAAAUAUAAUAAAUAGACGUGCAUUAGCAAGUUUCAUGUUAAUGUUAUUCCGUCUUUGUUAAAAGAUAUUCCUUUAUGCUAACAAAGACAGGGAAAUUUACAUGUUACAGCACUAAAGGAAAAAAAAUUAGAGCAAGUUAUAUUUAUUUUUAACUUAUUACCUGAUUAAUCAUCAGAAUAAUAAUAUAAGACAAAAUAUUCCAAAACAAAAUUUAUCAAUCACUGCAGCCCUACAUCCAGUGACUGUAUGAUCUGCAAUCACUGUAAUGCUUUAUGUACUUGAUCUUUAUCACGUUACAGGGCAGUGACUGUGCUCAAGAAAAAUAUUAACAUAAAUCAGCAUCAGUGAUACAACAAUAUUGUAAAAUCUGGUAUCAUUCAAAAUCAGUUUUCUGUUGUAAGCCUCUGUGUGUUUCUGUCCUCAGGUGCUGUCUCUGCCUCUAAGGAUCUACUACUACCUGAAGAACACCUGGCCCUUUGGUCAUCCUCUCUGUAUGUUCUGCUUCUAUCUAAAGUAUGUCAACAUGUACGCCUCCAUCUACUUCCUGGUGUGUGUCAGUGUGCGUCGCUGUGAGCUCAUCAUGCAGCCGCUCAGGUACAACUCAUCCAGGAGGAAACGAGACUGGUUAAUAUGUGCUUUCGGCUGGUUGUUAGUCUGCCUGGGAUGUCUGCCCUUCCCUCUGCUGAGGAACCCCAGCGCUGUGUUACACAAUAGUUCAAGUGACGUCUCAGGGGCCUCUUCCAACCUCCCUGGACCUGUGUGUUUCUCAGAGCUACCCAUGAGGCCUGUGAGUAUUCCAGCAGCCUGGGCCCUCCUGAUCCUCGCCGAGCUGUUGGGCUUCGUCAUCCCCCUCAUCCUGGUGUUAGCCUGCACCUGUCUGACAGCAGGGAGCCUGAGGCAGUCACCGGCCGGGGCCAUUCCUGACCGAGGCGAGAAGCGGAGGGCAUUGAGGAUGGUGUUGAGCUGUGCGGCGGUCUUCUUAUUGUGCUUCGCUCCUUACCAUGUCACCAUGCCCUUGGACUUCCUGGCUAAAGCCAAAACUCUGAGCAGCUGCACCCUCAGGAACUUAAUUCUGCGAUGUCACCCUGUCGCUCUCUGCCUGGCAAGCCUGAACUGUAGCCUGGACCCUCUUAUGUACUAUUUUACCACUGAUGAAUUCUGGAGGCGGCUGAGCAAGCCAGAAAUACCCGAGAGCAUGGCCUUUAACAGGCGCCUGUCCUGUAUAACUGGAGAAGAGGAGCACGAGAAAUAGGCUGAACAGUCAGUGUUGUGAAACUUUCAUGUGAAAUAGGCUAAACAGUCAGUGUUGUGAAACUUUCAUGUGAAAAACUCAGUUUCUUCUUAACCACUAAACCCAGAGGAGUAAAUUAAAAAUAAGAAAAUGUAAUGGAGAUGUAAAUCACGUGUAAGUAUGGGUGUGUAUUCAAAAUGUCUUUCUUUUUCUAGAAAUAUGUUAAUAAAGGGUGUGCCCGUUCUUUCUAUAUUUGUAUGACCCUGUCGAGGAGUGAGCUGUUCCUGUUGUGAAGAAUAAACUCUCCAUUAGUGCCAACAUCUCUAAUAAGCCACACAAACCACACAACCUGCUACAAUUUUCUCCCAGGGCCAGUUAGAGAUCAGUUUACAGCUUAGAGGAUAGUAAAAAGGCUUGGUGGGGCUUUCCAUUGUGCAUCUUUCAACAGCAAUAAAAUAACACAGAGCCAAAGUAUUCAAACUUAAGGUAAAGAAAUGUAACUUUAUUCAACAACAAUGUGUAGUUUAUUUCAGUAGCUGGACACAACAUUGGGUUUUUAGUAUUGUUAAAAAGCUGGGACAGUAACACAUUUUUAUGAGCACACAACCUGUCUGAUUGUCUGUCUUUGCAAGUAUCGAGUGGAAAACCACCGGAAAUUAUUUGAGCAAUCUGGCGAAAGAGCCAUUUUUCAGAAUUUCAAGAUUUUCUUCUUUUAGAUGAGAGGAGCAGACUCACCCAGGAAUUCCUGUGGAAAACUCUAAACACAAAGUGUUUAGCUGCAACACUUGAUGCCUCGUACAGUCAAAUAUUCAUUACAGAUCAUCUCAUUUUGCUGGUUUACAAAUUCAUUAAAAAAAAAUAAAAAUCUGAGAAUUUUUUUUCCAAGUUAAA